AUGCUAGUUCUCGACGCUGAUCGAACUCUGACGGCUGAAGACACGGUCAAACUGUUCUGGGAGGCCGUCUUAGUGACCGCAUUCCCGCUGGAUAUUCCAAUGUUGAAGAAAGCCAACAAGUUCACCGUCGACGUUUUCAUUCGUGGCCAGCGAAAGCAAAAUAUCGACGUUAUCGACCCAACGGAUAGAACAUCUGCAAAGUUGCUCAAGACGGCUAUGCGGGAUGCACGCAAUAAUAGUCUUAUUCUAUAUGAAGCUCACCGGCGUGGACAUUUCACCGAUGGAUAUCGACUCUUCCAUGAGGAUCGGACCCUGAUCGUCUCUCUUAUGAGGGUAGGAGGCCCCAUGGCUCAUGGAGCCUGGGACAUGUUCCCUAGUGCAAUAUAUUUUCAAGCCAAAAAUCCCACUGAUGUCAAGUUGGGACAUCUAGAUGGUCAAAUCAACAUUCUACUUGUCGACCUGGUUAUUAACAGCGGCAAGUCCAUUGCAGAAUUUGUGCAACACAUUUGCAACCUUCAUGCUACCAUUCGCAUUGUGGUUGUUGCUAGCGUUGUUUAA